UCGCCAUGCCUUCGCCUACAAGCGUUAUCGGGAAUUUCUAUUGGAGAAGCAGUUUCUGCUUAUCUUCAUAUAAUAUUGUCUUUGUUACUAGUCUAUUAUUAAAAAGGUCAGUUGUAAGAACUGCACAAACAAAACAUGCAGUUGGUUUGGACAAAGCCAGUGGAUGCUGAUUGAUGGCUUGCUGCUUUGAAUUGGACGAUUAUUUCAGACUUUUAGUACCGAAAGUCGGCUUACAGUUCAUUCAAGUCUAUAAUUAGGUUACAGUUUACUGGUAAAUAAUGCUUGUGACUGACAAAAUGCAUAUUGGAAUUAUUGGAAUCCUACUGGGCAUGUACAUGAAGGUAAGAAUACAGGCGUGUGUUUGAAACAGCUGGGCAUGUUUGGAAGAGGUACAUACUUAUACACUGAGUGUACGAAACAUUAGGAACACCUUCCUAAUACUGAGUUGCACCCCUUUUUGCCCUCAGAACAGCCUCAGUUCGUCAGGACAUGGACUCUACAAGGUGUCGAAAGCUUUCCACAGGGAUGCUGGCCCAUGUUGAAUCCAAUGCUUCCCACAAUUGUGCCAAGAUACCUGGAUGUCUGGUCUGGACCAUUCUUAAUACACACGGGAAACUGUUGCGCGUGGAAACCCCCAGCAGUGCUGCAGUUCUUGACACACUCAAACUGGUGCACCUGGCAACUACUACCAUACCCUGGUCAAAGGCACUUAAAUAUUUUGUCUUGCCCAUUCACAUUUGAAUUGACACACGCAAUCCAUGUCUCAAGGCUUCACAAUCCUUCUUUAACCUGAUUCCGUACCUUUAUAUACUGAUUUGAAGUGGAUUUAACAAGUGACAUCAAUAAUGGAUCAUAGCUUUCACCUGGUCAGUCUACUAUGUCAUGGAAAGAGAAUCUAGGUUUGAAGGUUAUGCCUUUAGAUUUUGAGAAAAUUACAAACUAAGGAAUAUUUUUUUAUGUGUUAUACACUCAGAAAUGAUUCACACCCCUUGACCUUUUCCACAUUUUGUUGUUACAAAGUGGGAUACAUAUUUAUUUAUUUUAGUCAAUGAUCUACAUAAUACUUUAAUAUAAAAGCGUGAGGGAGGUCUAACAUUUUGUAAAAAAACAACAAAUAUAUAUAUAUUUAUAUUAUAUAUAUAUUAGGAAGGUGUUCCUAAUGUUUGUUAUACUCAGUGUGUAUUAUUUUCACAUUUGGCAGAGUCUACAGCUGUUGGUCUUUUCUGGGUAAGUCUCUCUAAGAGUUUUCCACAGCAGGAUUGUGAAACAUUUACCCAUUGUUCUUUUCAGAAUUCUUCAAGCUCUGUCAAAUAGGUUGUUGAUCAUUGCUAGACAACCAUUUUCAAAUCUUGCCAUAGGUUUUAAAGCAGAUUUAAAUCAAAACUGUAACUCGGCAAUUCAGGAACACUCCAGUGUAGAUGUGGCCUUAUGUUUUAGGUCAUUGUCCUGCUGAAAUGUGAAUUAAUCUCCCAGUGUCUGGUGGAAAGCACACAUAAUCAGGUUUUCUUCAAGGAUUUUGCCUGUGCCCAUUCCAACGAUUACAAGCAUACCCAUAACAUGAUGCAGCCACCACUAUGCUUGAAAAUAUGGAGAGUGGUCCUCUCCAUAUGUGUUGUGUUGAAUUUCCCCCAAACAUAACACCUUGUAUUCAGGACAAAAAGUACAUUGUUUUGCGAAAUUCUUUGCUGUAUUACUUUAGUGCCUUGUUGCAAACAGGAUGCAUAUUUUGGAAUAUUUUUGUUCUGUACAUGCUUCCUUUUUUCACUCUGUCAAUUAAAGUUAGUAUUGUGGAGUAACUACAAUGUUGAUCCAUCCUCAGUUUCCUCCUACCACAGCUAUUAAACUCUAACUGUUUUAAAGUCAUCAUUGGCCCCAUGGCGAAAUCCCUGAGUGGUUUCCUUCCACUCCAGCAACUGAGUUAGGAAGAACGCCUGUAUCUUUGUAGUCAAUGGGUGUAUUGAUACACAAUCCAAAGUGUAAUUAAUAACUUCACCAUGCUCAAAUGGAUAUUCAAUAUCUGCUUUUUAACAUUUUUACCCAUCUACCAAUAGGUGCCCUUCUUUGCGAGGCAUUGGAAAACCUCCAUGGUUUUCUGGUUGAAUCUGUGUUUGAAAUUGACUGCUCGACUGAGGGACCUUACAGAUAAUUGUAUGUGUGGGGUACAGAGAUGAGGUAGUCAUAAAAAAACAUUUAAAAAAACAUGAAACUUGUUAACAUAUGUUUACUCCUGAACUUAUUUAGGCUUGCCAUAACAAUACUUAUUGACUCAAGACAUUUCAGCUUGUUAUUAACUUGUAAACAUUUUUUAAAAAAACACAAUUCCACUUAAUUCCAGUGACAAAAAAAAACUAAAUUUAAUCCAUUCUAAAUUCAGUCUAACAACAAAAUGUGGAAAAAGUCAAGGGGUGUGAAUACCUUCUGAAGGCACUGUAGGCUAUGGGGAGAUGACACAUGCACACAUUCUUUUUCUUUUCAACUGUGAAAGGUUCAAGCAGACUGUGAGCCGUACAUCAUUCUUAUUAGAGAGGAGGAGCGGUGCCUUCAUGAGUUGCAACUGCAUAAUGUGUCCAAAACUCCCCAACCAGACUGCAAGGGUAUGUGGGACCACUUGAAUUGCUGGUCUCCUGCUUUUGUAGGGGAAACUGCAUCACACAACUGUCCCGAUUUCUUCAAAUCAGAAGGUAAAGUGUACCGGAACUGCACAGACACGGGCUGGACGGACCCAUUCCCUCCUUAUGAGCAUGCAUGUUUCAACGAAACCUUCCACUUACUUGGAGAGUCACAUGACUCCCACAUGUACUUCCCCUAUGUGAAGACCAUGUACACUGCAGGCUACGCUCUCUCUCUACUCUCUCUCACCAUCGCCAUCCUCUGUCUCUUUAGGAAACUGCACUGCACCAGAAACUACAUCCACAUCCAACUCUUUGUUUCCUUCAUCCUGCGUGCUACCUUCAUCUUCAUCAAAGACUCUGUGCUCUUCACCGAUGAAGACUUCUACCACUGUGAUGACUACCCAGUAGUGUGUAAGUUAGUGGUGAUGUUCUCCAACUACUGCAUCAUGGCUAACUACAGCUGGCUGCUGGUGGAGGGACACUACCUCCAUACCCUGGUCAGCGUCUCCUUCUUCUCCAAGAAGAAACACCUUUGGUGGUACAUCAUCCUGGGCUGGGGUUUGCCAAUGAUUGUCAUUGUAUCCUGGGGCUUGGCAAAAUACUUCUAUGAGGAUGAAGGGUGAGAUACAGAUGAAUGGGAUGUCAUCUGUUUAAAAUAGUCUAUGACAAUUGCAUCAUCAUUGUUCACAUACAUGCAACUGGAUCCUGGACUUCCUGACAGGCCGGCCCCAGAUGGUGAGGAUUAAUUUGGUAUUUUUUCUGAGCAUCUUAAGAAUUCUGGUGGGAAAACUACAGAUGCCAGACAUGCAUGGAAAUGAAUUCAGCCAAUACAAGAGACUUACCAAAUCGACUUUUCUUUUGGUGACCCUCUUUGGGCUUUGGAGUUGCUGUUCUAUGCUGUUUUCUAAAUAGGGAGGUACAGUAUGAGGUACAGAGGAGAUGGCGCAGGUGGAGGCUGAAGCAGCAUCUACACGAGGAGCCCAGACAGCAUGGUUCCAUGAGCCAAAGUGUCUCUCCCCUUACCCAGGUCUCCUUGCUUCCCUGUUCCAGACCAGCCAGCCUGGCAUGACCUUAGACCCCCCCCACACUCCCCACCAAUCACUGGAGAUCUAGACAUACCGGUUAAAAACACUUAUACAGAUGACUCUCAAGACAUCAAGGGAACUUAAGUUCUAGAACUUGAGGAAUGGUCCACAGAAUCACUUGGCCACACUUGAAGACUUGGACAUGGCAUGGGAAACAGCACUGUACUGUGAUUUUUGCCAUUCCCUCAAGCAACAUUUCUAGGACUAUGGACAGUGGACCAGGCCUUAAAGAUCUAGGACAUUUGGGUUCAGUGGAAAUCCUAAGAAACAAGAACAUAUUCAAAAAGUAAGUAGUAGGACUCAGCUCUUCAUCAUCAUGUGAAAGAGAACUCCUGGAAAGAGGUCUGGUUAUGACCAGCCUUUAGUCCAGAGAAUUUAUAAGCAUGAUUGAAAAUGAUCCGUUUUUAUUAUACUUGGAAGACAGAUAUUUUAAGAAACAUAAUUUACUGUUCUUUUGCACCAAUGUACUCUAUUUUCAUUUAUUUUUUAUACAUUUUCUGAAAUAAAUACCCAGAUCAAGGGCUGCACAUUUUCAACAGGAUAAGCAAAUUGCUGGUGAGCGUUGGUUAGACCAGUCAUCUUGGUUAUCUCUAAACACUUUACCCAUGUAAAAUCUCAGAUUUGGUCCCUUUUCUUCUUGUUCAUUGUAACCUAUUAUAAACUGUGUGGUUCGAGUCCUGAUCGGCUGACAACCAUGGUAUAUCAGAUCUUAUACCACGGAUAUGACAAAGCAUUUUAUUUUUACUGUAAUGUUUACAUUGGUAACCAGUUUAUAAUAGCAAUAAGGCACCUCUGGGAUUUGUGGUAUAUGACCAAUAUACCAUGGCUAAGGGCUGUUCUUAGGCACAACGCAAAGCGGAGGCCAUAAUACCACACCCCCUCAGGCAUUAUUGCUUAAUUGUAAAA